ACGGCAGGAGGGCCUUCCCGGGCGCGCCACCAUGUCCAUGCUGCCCACUUUUGGCUUCACCCAGGAGCAAGUGGCUUGCGUGUGUGAAGUGCUCCAGCAAGGGGGCAACAUCGAGAGGCUGGGCCGCUUCCUCUGGUCGCUGCCGGCUUGCGAGCACCUUCACAAGAACGAGAGCGUCCUGAAGGCCAAGGCCGUGGUGGCUUUCCACCGGGGCAACUUCCGCGAACUCUACAAGAUCCUGGAGAGCCACCAGUUCUCGGCGCACAACCACCCCAAGCUGCAGCAGCUGUGGCUCAAGGCGCACUACAUCGAGGCCGAGAAGCUGCGGGGGCGACCCCUAGGGGCCGUCGGCAAGUACCGGGUCCGCCGCAAGUUCCCCUUGCCCCGCUCGAUCUGGGAUGGCGAGGAGACCAGCUACUGCUUCAAGGAGAAGAGCCGCAGCGUCCUGCGGGAAUGGUACGCCCAUAACCCUUAUCCGUCCCCCAGGGAGAAGCGGGAACUGGCCGAGGCCACCGGGCUCACCACCACCCAAGUCAGCAACUGGUUCAAAAACCGGAGGCAGCGGGACCGGGCGGCAGAGGCCAAAGAAAGGUACGAGGAAAACAACGAAAAUUCCAGUUCCAAUGGCCACAAUCCGCUUUCCUCCUCCCUCAACGGCAAUAAGACGGUUUUGGGCAGUUCCGAAGAUGAGAAAACACCCUCCGGCACCCCAGAUCAUUCCUCCUCCAGCCCAGCCUUACUUCUCAAUUCAAACCCAGGCUUACAGCCACUCCACAGCUUGGGCCAUCCUCAGGGUCCUAGCGCCAUUCCAGUUCCCAGCGCAGACCCUCUGCAUCACCACAGUUUGCAAGACUCCAUCCUCAACUCUAUGUCUUCAAACCUGGUCGAUCUUGGCUCUUAAGAAUACUUGCUGCACCCACCAUGCUCCCUGAACCCAGGCUCUCUCCAUCUGGGUUCUCUUCUUUUUUCUUCUUUUUUUUUACUUAACUCCUCUGCUCCCACAAACCAAGGAUCUGAAACCUUGGAAGGAUCUAUAAAAUGGAUCCAUUGUUUCACUUUGGAUCAAUUGCUGAGCGGCUGACUGUUAACUUAUCUGGAAGGUACUGUAAAUUCAGGAAUAUUGUAAGCUGUUCAAGGACUCACAUCUUAAGAGGAUGUGGUGAAGCUGAUUGCAGAAAAGUGGAAGACAUUACUGUAGGAUGGGAGUGGGGAAGGCAGAUGGGUUGGAGGUUGGUGAAAAAGCUGCUCCUUUGACAGAACGAAGGCUGGAAGCCUCAGCCCAUACCACCUCUUGUACAAGAUCCAAUCCAGCUGGAUUCCAACUUCUUAACCCACCUCUGUAGAUGUGCUUCAACCUGAUCUGCAGGGAUCAGUUCAUGAAGCUGUUGAGAACUGAAGAGCUGAAGCCAAAGCUCCAUCAAUUUCAGGAGGAUAUUGGGAAGCAAUACAUCUCCCCUAUGGUUGCUCCCACCACCAACUGGCAUCCCCUGGUAUACUGCUUCUAAAUCUGGAGGCUUUAGUAACUGGGCAACACUGAUAGAUUUAUCUGCCAUGAAUUUGUCAGGUCCUCUUUUAAAUCCAUUUAAGCUAGCAUUUUUUUUGCUCGUGGCAGCAAUUGCCUGCCCAUGUCAUCAUCAGAAGCUUUGAUGAA